GUCCUCCGCCAUAUUGGGAAGGGCAAUGAUGGGGCGAAAACGGACAGCUGAACGGGGCAGUGACAGGAACAUGCCUGAGACAGGAGAUGCGCCAUGAUUGGAAGGUCAACGAAGAAGGGCAAACGAUAUUUGGAAGGGCGGUUUUCGCGCAGGAAGGAAUGCUGCUGUCAGAGCAUCCCCAAUGACUACUACAUGCAGAGCUUACCAGGUGGAGCGCAACUACAUUUCUGUUUCCAUCUGGAGAAGCACUAUGGGCAGGAAAUAGAUAGACGGUUGGAAAAGAAACUGAAGAUUACGCAAAAGGAAAGAAAAUCAAAAUCUCCUCCCAAAGUGCCGAUUGUCAUUCAGGACGACAGCCUUCCCUCAGGUCCUCCUCCACAGAUCAGGAUAUUAAAGAGGCCCACGACUAACGGUGUGCUUAGUAACCCCAACUCUGCUAGCAGACCAGCUUUUCCCGUCAAGUCUCUGGCACAGAGAGAGGCAGAGUACGCAGAAGCCAGAAAACGAAUUCUGGGCAGCGCAAGCCCAGAAGAGGAACAGGAGAAGCCCAUUCUAGACAGGCCAACAAGGAUUUCCCAGCCAGAAGAUUCCAGGCAGCCCAAUAAUGUGAUACGGCAGCCACUAGGUCCUGAUGGUUCACAAGGCUUCAAACAACGCAGAUAGAUCUGAGCAAGAGAUCAUGCUGUCGAAAGCAGGGUCAGCUGCCACGGGUUGCACUGCCGUGGUGGACAAAUGGACUUGAGCAGAGGGAACUACUUGGUUUACUUGCACUGUGAUCCCUUUGCUCUGCCCACUGUGACCUUGAACCCCAUGCACUGUGACCCCCUGCUCCACCCACUGUGAUUGGCACACCGACGAGGGCUGUCCCAAGUCACUGUAAAAGGAAGGGGGGUACAUUAAGGACUCUGAACAGGUGCAGAGAGUCGUGUGUGCCACUUCAGUUGAAGCUAGCGCCAGCAAUAAUGUUUAUCAUACUCAUUAACCUGGAAUUGAAAAGAAGAAUGGCCUCCCCAAACGUGCAUGUUGUCUCUCACUUAGGAGCGAGUUCUGUUUCAAAGGAGCUUUCUGUUUUUUGUUUGUAAUUGAGAUCAACUUUAAAACAAGUGCAUGGGAAGGGUUUUAACUGUUUAGUUUGUUUUAAUGGAGAGAGGUAGUUGAUAGUGUUCUAAAAAAAGGAGUUUCUAUGAAUUUCCACACUAUAAUGGCUAGGGUUUGGCAAGCUUAGCUUCUUGUUCUGUAUUUCCACUGCUGCCAAUCAAAUGGAAGGGGACUUCUAGGUACCUGGGCUUUCUAAUUGCCUUGGCCCCAGAAACCAGUGAAGUCCAGUGGCCUAGUUCCCUUACUGCACCUGUCAUAAGCAUGGCUAGUUUUCUGCUGGCUUGAGGAAAAAUCCAAUACGUUUCUUGUGUUUGGGGAGAAGGGAAUGUAGCUAGAUCCCACGGCGACACCUGCUGCUUCCAGCAGAGGGAGCAGGGUGAAGGAACAGGGCUCUGUUGCGUCUAGGUUUACAAGCUAAGAGUAGACUAGUUCAGUGCUGUACUGGUCCAGUCCGGUCAGUGCAUGGAAACCAUAGUAAUGAGCCUACCUCUGUGAAGCAUGUGCUUGUCAGAGAGCUACAUAUGGCAGGAGGCUGGGCAACCACUGCUCCAAAGGUUUGAACCCUAAGUGGCUUGUGAUGGACCGAUGGCUUAUGGUACAAUUCCAGUGCUGUAUUGGAUGCAUUUACUUCCCGAAAUCAUAGACAUCGGGAACAACCCAUGUUCAAUAAAAUUUGAAAAAAAAAUCCCUGUUUUCAUGCAUUGGUGGUAACAAAUGGUUUUCCGCUGAGCUCUGGCCUCCAGCCCCGCCCCCCCAAAAAAGGGGUCUAAGGAAUGGUUCCGGGCCAUGGAAGAGAAAUUUAAGGUACCACCAAAUCAGCUGUUGCAAGCCUGUCAUAUACAGCUACUCCGUGGCUUCUCCUGUACCCAUACUGUCUCGAUGCAUUGUCUAACUGUUUGUUAGAUAACAAGGAAAGCUGAGCAACUCGAUGUUAACUGUUUCAAGGAAUUAGAUGAACACUAAAGUUUCCUAUUGCUGGGGCAACAAGAAUGUAUUUUGUAUGCUGGAAAGUCUCCAGUACUAGAGGUGUCUCAGCAUAUUGAUAGAACAAGUUACUGUAGACAGCCUGUGUGGUACAGAAACGCACUGUCUUUCAGUGUCAGCAGCUAGAGGUCAAGAAGGAUUUAGAUGUCCCUUCACCUAAAAUGACCAUGGGCUAGUCUGCUUCACUGUGUUUCCAGGAGCUGCCUUUCUGCACAGUUGAUUUUUGAAGGUUGUAUUCUGUACUGGUGCAAUAUUAUAUGGGCCGCAGUUUGUGCUUAAUUGGUUGAAUAGUGAGCACCUGAACCCAUCCACUUUUGCGUGAAAGGAAGCAGCUGUACAGAAUUUCUGCCUACAGUGAGUUGUAUGGGAUUCACCCCAUACAGUAAACCAAGACAUGUACAGAAAUACAGUAAACAAAUAACUGGUAAAAUAAACUACCUGUGUACAAAAGAUGAAAUCUACUAAACAUUGAUCUUUUAACUGAAUUUCUUUUCUGUCCUGCCCCUCUGAUUCCCUAAAUCAAGUGAGCCCUUGAAAUGCUUGUUAAAGGAUUACAUUUUUUUACUCUGCUGUAAUAGAGAGGUGGGCACAGGUGUACUGAUGUUCCAGUAGCCCUGCAGUUGGGCUCAAGUCCUUGUGGCUUUAUAAGACUGUAAUCUGAUAUUUACCUAACUUCCUCUCAAGUAGGGCUUGAAAUGUGCUGCAUGUGUACCUGGAUAAGCCACCAUCAGCUGCUUCACAGGAAAUAUCUUCUUCAUGGAAGUAAGAAGAAACUGAUGGGGAGGAGUAGCCGGAUGUGGGUGGGCAGAAGAGAAGAGGAUGGGAAAAGACAUUAGCAAUAAUUGUGUAGUCACCACGCCUUUCCUUAAUUGAUAAUUAAAAUAGCUGUUCCUUUGGAUGGCCAACUGCUGGCAAAAGCCUCUUGAUGUAGCUUCAGAUAUCUUGCCAAUGUUAGGACAACAGUAUCCAUUUUCUGCCACCUGAUAUCCUUUACUAGGGGUCUAAAGACCUUGCUAGCUGCUCAUAGGACAAAAUCUGGUCCUCUAAGAUCAACCUCACACAACUAAUAAGAUUAUGUGGGGAGAGCUAACCAGAGCACCCCUCUCCAACAUAGUCAUCUGUAUAGCAUGGUCAGUCAGGAUGCUUCCAACCUGCAGGCGGGGGGGGGCAACGUUCCUGGAGAAACCUGCCACUAGGCCCCUCUUCCAGAUGGACAGUAGGUCAGUGAUCCUGUCCAGAAAUCAGUGUUGGGAUAAGUCAAAGGCCCUGUUUGCAGAGGGGCUAGAGCUCUUGUUCUAAUACGUGUUUAUAGGGUUUUUUGUGUGUGUUCUUAGGAGCACUUUAUGGUUCUCUCCUCUGUGUGUGUGUGUGUGUGUGUGUGUGUGUGUGUGCGUGUGUAUAUUCAGAUACGUGCAAAGUGGUGUGGGUCUGCCAUAGGGCACACAGCUGCCUGUCUCCCCAUGGAAGUGCUCCUAAGUAUGCAGAAAAACAUUUUAUAAAUUGUAUUUUAAAUAAAUGUGUUAAACUUUUAAAAA